GUCAGGUUCUGCCCGGACACUUUUGACGCUGCAGCAGUUCUCACUCCCGUCGCCUAUAAGAGAGGUUUCUACAGAAUCAGCGUCACCCCUGUUUUCAUCUACAAACCCCGGAACUGAAAAGUUUCCAAAACCCCGAGAACGGGGGUCAUGGCGCCCCGAACCCUCCUCCUGCUGCUCUCGGGGGCCCUGGUCCUGACCGAGACCCGGGCGGGCUCCCACUCCCUGCGGUAUUUCUACACCGCCGUGUCCCGGCCCGGCCGCGGGGAGCCCCGCUUCAUCGCCGUCGGCUACGUGGACGACAAGCAGUUCGUGCGGUUCGACAGCGACGCCGCAAAUCAGACGGCUGAGGCGCGGGCGCCGUGGGUGGAGCAGGAGGGGCCGGAGUACUGGGAGCGGGAGACACUGAGAGCCAGGGACACCGCAAAGAAUUUCCGAGUGAAUCUGCGGACACUGCGCGGCUACUACAACCAGAGCAAGGCCGGGUCUCACACUCUCCAGUCCAUGUACGGCUGCGACUUGAGGCCAGACGGGCGCCUCCUCCGCGGGUAUCUUCAGUUCGCCUACGACGGCGCCGAUUACAUCUCCCUGAACGAGGACCUGCGCUCCUGGACCGCGGCGGACGCGGCGGCUCGGAUCUCCCAGCGCAAAGCAGAAGCAACCGGUGAGGCGGAGCAGCACAGGGCCUACCUGGAGGGCACGUGCGUGGAGUGGCUCCGCAGACACCUGGAGACCCGGAAGGAGACGCUGCAGCGCGCAGAUCCCCCAAAGACACACAUAACCCACCACCCAAUCUCAGACCAUGCGGCCAUCCUGAGGUGCUGGGCCCUGGGCUUCUACCCUGUGGAAAUCACACUGACCUGGCAGAGAGAUGGGGAGGACCAGACCCAGGACACGGAGUUUGUGGAGACCAGGCCUGCAGGGGAUGGAACCUUCCAGAAAUGGGCAGCUGUGGUGGUACCUUCUGGAAAGGAGCAGAGAUACACGUGCCAUGUGCAGCAUGAGGGGCUGCCCAAGCCCCUCACCCUGAGAUGGGAGCCGCCACCUCAGCCCACCAUGCUUAUUGGGGGAAUCGUUGCUGGCCUGGUUCUCCUUGGAGCUACAGUUGCAGGUGUUGUGAUGUGGAGGAAGAAGAGCUCAGGUGGAAAAGGAUGGCCCUACUCUCAGGCUGACUCCAGUGAGUGCACCGGCCAUUCCUAUAUAGGAUCCAAACCCGCGGCAGGAGCGUUGCUGCGCUCCCAGUGCCACACUCUCCCAAGUGCGCCACGGGCUCGGCCCAUGAUUAUUUUCUUUAUAGCACAAAAUGCAAGAUUUGUCCAAGCUCUACCACCACCACUACUGUGACUUCAAGAGCACCUGACUUCUUCUGCAGCUGGUAUCUCAAUGUGUCUAUGAGUCUGUGUUUCUAUUAGCAUAAUGUGAGGAAACAGACUGGCCAUCCCUGAGCACCAAGACCUCUUCCCCACACUGACCUAAUCAGGAGAUACUGAUGAAUUAAGAGAAAGGAAAAAUAGGAAAACAACCAACUGGGAAAGAUAUUUGAUUAUGACUUAAUAUGCAACUAGCAUAUGAAGUAGGGGAUGAUCUGGGGACUGAGCCCUCAAACUGUGGGAUCUGACAUUAUCUCCAAGUAGAUAGUGUUGGAAUUGAACUGAAUUGGAGGACAGCCAGGUAGUAUCCACUGCAGAAUUGAUUGCUUGCUUGCCGGUGUGGAGAAAUCGCCACACUUGGGUCACAGAAGUGUUGAUUGUUGUGGUGUAAAGGAAGAGAAAAAACACAGACUUUUUUUGAUCAACUUUCCUGUUCCAGCAGAGGCAGGGCUGGGAGGUCUCUAUGCCCGUAUUAACUUCAUGGUGCACUGAGCUGCAAGUUAUUUUCCUAUUGAAAGUAAGAAUCUGGAUAUGAAUUUGUUUUUCAAAUUCUUGUCAUGAAGUGGAGUUGUGGAAGCCAAAAUCAUAGCCAGGAAGACAGACAAAUAAUUUUAUAGUAUUUCAGUUAAAAGUAUAGCCCGUUCCUCACUACCAGUGGUCUUGAUCACAUCUCUUUUAGAGUCGAAUAUUGUUUUCCUAUUUUUCCUUUUUCUUAAAUCAUUAAAUAUGAUUUUCUUUCAAAUCAAAUUUUUAAAAGCUGUUGCUUCAAAUUACUGUAUAACUUCAUGCAGAUAGUAGAGAGGAUUUUGAAUGUUCCAAACACAAAGACAAAUGUUCAAGGUGAUAGAUAUACUCAUUACCCUGAUAUGAUCAUUGCAUACCAAAUAAAUGGACACAAAUAUCACAUUGUACUCUGUAAAUAUAUAUAAUUAGCAUGGGUCAAUUAAGAAAAAAGAAAAAUUUUGUCGCCUCUUUGUGUUGGAAACAUUUAAAAUCUUCUCAAUAUAAUAGGUUGAAUUAUGUCCCCCUAAAACUCACUGAAGCUUGAAUUGUGUCCCCCAAGUUUUAUGUGUUAGAAACUUGGCCCCCACUCUGACUGUUAAGAGUGUGGGAAAUCCUAUUAUGGUAAUUGAAAGGUGGAGGCUUGAAGGGGUGAUUAGAUUGUAGGAUCCUGCAGUAGUGAAUGGAUUAAAAAUGGGCAUGGCUCUGAGGGCUAAAAAGAAGAUGAGAGUCUCGUUCUCUCUGCUCGCUCUGCUUCCACCAUCUUGCCAAUAUGAGACCCCAGGUCACUGUCACCACCACCAGAUGGACUUUGGACUUUCCAGCCUCAGAAGACUCAGAAGAAGACAAAAAGACAAGGGAAAGUUUGGAAUGUCUAAGAGACUGGUUACAUGGUGGUGAGCAGAAUGCUGAUAAAAGUAUGGUCUGUAAAGACCAUUCUAAGGAGGUCUCAGGUAGAAAUAAGAAGGAAUUUAUUGGAAAUGGGGGCAUAGAUCACCCUGACUAUGAACUGGCAAGGAAUUUGGCAGCAUUCUGUCCAUGCCCUAGGGCUUUGUGGAAGUUAGAACUUAGGAGCUGUGAACCAGAGUACUUGGUGGAAGAAAUUUCUAAGCAACAAAGCAUUAAGGAAGCUGCAUGGCUCCUUGUACCAUACUACUCUGGAUUAUGGCAGAAAAGGCGUGAUGUGAAGCCAGAAUUUUAAAGGGAAGCAGAAUGUAAAAAUUUAGAAAAUUUGCAGCCUGACCUUGUAAAGAAGAAGAGAGCAUACAGUGGUGCAGCCGAGAGACAAUUAGCUAAGAGGAUUAGUGCAAAAGAAAGAGAAUGUCAAGAGAAUGAGAAGAAGGCCCUGAAGGCAUUGCAGAAGCCUCUGAGGCCAACCCUUCUAUUUCAGGCCCAAAGGCCUAGGGAGACAAAAUGGUCUUGGGGAACAGGCCUACGGUGCCCUCCAUGGGCUCGAUGCCCAGGGCCACCUCAAAAAGCUGUUCCAGCACCAGCAUCCUGGCUGCACUGGCUGCUCCAGCCAUGGCUAAAUUAGUUCUAGGUGUGGCUGAACCCACAACUUUGGAAGAUACAAGCCAGAAGCCUUGGUGGCAUCCAUGUGGUGUUAAGUCUUCAGGCUGGUAGAAUGUCAGAGCUGUGGAGGCUUGGGAGCCUACACCCCAAUUUCAAAUGAUGUACGGAGAAGUCUGGGGGCCCAGGAAGAGUGUUGUUGCAGGGACAGGGUCACCAAAGACAGCCUUCGCUAGAGCAAUGCCAAGUGGAAACAUGGUGUCAGAGUUGCAGCAGAGAAACCCCACCAGCGCCAUGCCUAGUGGAGCCGUGGGGGUGGGACUGCCACAGAGAUCCCAGAUUUGUGAAGCUACGAGGGUGGAACGCCAGCCUAGGAGAGCUAAAGCAUCAACUGAGACCAGGAAAGCUAUAGAAAAGGAACUGCCUGAGGACUUGAGGACCCAACUCCCACACCAGUGUGCAGAGGACGUUGAACAUGUAGUCGUCAAUGUACAAGGUUUGCCAGUUUUGAGAUUUAAUACCUGCCCUGCUGGGUUUCAGACUUGUUUAGGACCAGUUACACCUUUCUUUUGACCUGUUUCUCCCUUUUUGAACAGGAAUAUGUACCCUGUGCAUGUCACACCAUUGUAUCUUGGAAGUAGAUAACUUCUUUUGAUUUCACAGAUGGAACUUUGAACUUUGGACUUUUGAGUUGAAACAAGUUAAGACUUUGGGGAUGAAGUGAAUGUAUUUGCAUGUGAAAAGGACAUGUGUUUUGGGGGGUCUGGGGUAGAAUGUAGUGGAUUGAAUUACAUACCCCCAAAACUCACUGAAGCUUGAAUUGUAUUCUCCAAGUUUUAUGUAUUAGAAACUUUGCCCCCACUGUGACUGUUAAGAGGGUGGGAAAUCCUAUUAUGGUAAUUGAAAGGUGGAAGCUUGAAGGGGUGAUUAGGUUGUAGGACCAUGCCAUAGUGAAUGGAUUAAAAAUGGUGGUCAGGGCCAUGUUUCUGAGGGCUUUAAAAGAAGAGGAGAGUCUGUUAGUGUUAGAUGACAUCCUCUUUGUUCAAUCACAUUUCUGCAUGGUUGUCCAUACUUUGAUUAUGCCUAGUAAUGAAGCUUUCAUAAAAACCCAAAAGCACAGGGAUUGGGAAGCUUCUGGACAGCUGAAUUCAUUCACAUGUUGGGAGGGUGGUGCACCCCAACUCCAUGGGAAUGAAAGCUUCUCUACUCACGACCAUUUCAGACCUCGUCCUGUAUGAGGAUACUUCAAAAAGUUGCAGAGGCCUGGACUUGCAACUUGCAUCUAAAGUAGGGAGCAGUCUUAGGGACUUAACUUGUGAGAUCUGACACUGUCUCCAGGUAGACAGUGUCAGAAUUGAAUUGGACGACAUGCAGCUGGUGUCUGCUGCAAAACUGAUUGCCUGCUGGUGGGGAGAAAUCCCCAAACAUUUGGUCAGAAAUGUCUCUGUCUUCUGUGUUGCUUGUUGUGUGAGAGAAUAGAAAAAACAGAUUGUGUUUUUUCCACUCACACUGUCUCCCAGUGGUUAUCAGAAGCCUUUCCUUAGUCUUCUCUGUGGCACCUGACGCCACUUAAGCUACUCUUUCCCCUACAUGAAACUUUCCUCCUUUGUCUCUGAACACUGUUGGAUGCAGCCCAGCCUGCUCGGUCACUUCCCUUCUACCCCACACACCUUGCCUCUCCAUGAAGCUGUAACAGAAUCUUCUUCACCAUCCCCUCACACUCCUAAGAUGAACUGAGUCAAAUAUUAAAGUGAAAAGAAAAUUUAAUUUGGGUACAUUUAUGCAGUAUGCAGGGGCUGGCCAGUUAGCUGGGAACACGAAGGUCAAGGGUUCAGAUCUCCUCACCAGCCAGCUUCCAGAAAAAAAAGAAAAAGAAAAAUCUAUGAUCAUCAGGGUAUUUAGCUUAUCCAUGACCUCAAACAUUGUAUUGUAUUGUAUAUUUCAAGAAAGCUAGAAAAGAGGAUCUUGAAUGUUAUUACUGCAAAUAAAUGACAAAUGUUUAAGUGAUAUGCUAACUAUUCUAAUUGGAUCAUUAUACAAUAUAUGCAUGUAUUGAAACAACAAACUGU